GAUAGACGAUGACAGCUCGGUGGAAUUGCAUGAGAUAGAAUCCGGGACAACAUAGUUCUAUCUCCAAGCCAUGCUUAAAAGGGAGAAUCUGCGGAAAAAUUUCCUGAGAGUGAAACAAAUAGCAGACCAAAAUUUGGGAAGCCAUGUUGAUUGCAAAGAUGCACAUACAGUUAAUUACUGGCGCAUGGUGACCCGUUUUGAGCAUGGCAUCACUGUUUAAGAGGUUUUGGGCAGAAAAGUCAGAAGUUCUGUCAGAGGAUCUCCAGACAGUAGAAAAACGAGUAGAUUUGGUAAAAACAGUAUGUCAGUCCACAGCCAAGAAGAUUGCAGGCUGCCUACAAGGUCAAGGCUCAGACAUGGAGAAGAGACUGAAAAAGUUACCAGAGAAUUCUCUUGGUCUGGGGAUGAUAGAGAGUGGUUCACUACUGGGCACAGACUCCAUUAUGGGCACAAUGUUCCAGACUUGUGGGGAGUGCCAAACCACAUUAGCCAAGGAACUUCUGCAAUAUGAAAUUGAUGUGGAACAGAGAGUUCUGGCUCCUUUACAAGAAAUAUUAGAUGUAGAAAUUCCUGUAAUAAAUAAGUGUAAGAAACAACUGUCGAAGUUAACUUUGGACAUGGACUCUAGUAAAAGCAGAUGGAAUCAAGCUGUAAAACAAACACAAGUUCAUGGUGCCAACAUGGCUACUGUGUCAGCAAAGGCGGAUCAGCUCAAGGAGGAACAUGAGGAAAUGUGUAAUAAGGUGUACCAAGCAAGGGAUAACUUAGCCACAGAGAUGUUCAACUUUGUUGCUAAAGAAGCUGAACACAGUAGUAAAUUAAUUGCCAUAUUGGAAGCACAAAGAGCUUACCACAAAAGAGCCCUAGAGGCUUUAGAUCAAGCAAUACCAAAAUUAAAUGAAACACUGGAAUGUAACCCACUGAAGCCAGUAUAUGGGGUUCCUUUAGAAGAGCACCUGAGAGUGACGGGUAGGGAUAUUGCUCUGGUGCUGGAGGUGUGUGUGAUCACCCUCAUUGAGGGUGGCCUGGAUGAAGAGGGUCUAUUUCGAAUAGCAGGAAUGGCAUCAAAAGUAAAGAAACUGAAGAAUGCUUUUGAUGCCAAUGUGAUAGAUAUGGAGGAGUAUGCACAAGAUUUACACACUGUAGCAGGUUCUAUGAAGCAAUAUCUCCGGGAAUUACCUGAACCACUGCUUACAACACAACUCUACCCAGAUUUCAUUCAGGCUGCAAAGCUGCAGCCAGAUCAAAGACUGCAGCAUUUAUGGACUGCAAUUCACAAAUUACCUGAACAAAAUUACAAUAAUUUUAGGUAUUUAAUCAAAUUUUUGGCUAAGUUAGCUGAGAGAUCAGAUGAGAAUAAGAUGACUCCAAGCAACAUAGCCAUUGUCAUAGGACCAAAUCUGCUAUGGUCAGAGGGCGACAAUGGUCCAAACAUGGUGACGAGUGGGACCAUUAGUAACAUGAUAGAACUCUUCAUCACACACUGUGAUUGGUUCUUCCCAGAAGCUGUUGACUUUCACCAUACUACUCGUGGGACUGCUCCCCCCAAGUCUCCGGGGGUCAAGGAGUCACACACACCUGUCACUGCUACUGCCCUGCCUAUAAUCCAGGGCCCACAGCAUGGGUCUGUAAGUCAGGCAUGUGAAUUGGCUUGUGUGACUGCAAUGGGAGCCAUAUCCUCCCACAUCAAUUCUGCAUCUGUAUCUGAAGUUUCUAACGAGGGCCAGAAAACACCAUCUCUGAGACCUGCCAGCAUUUCAGACGAGGACAAUACUUCCAGUUCUGAAGGUGAAGUAACACGACCACCGAUUGGUCAGUUUGGGCGUGCCUCUUUCCGCCAUAGUAGUGGUUUUCCUUCUAGUAAUACUAACCUUGUACAUACUCCUAAAUUUAAUGCUGAUGAAGUGCAGGGAAGUCGAAGGAACUCUCAAAGGUGCCAGUCUGUGCCACCCCAGAGUGAGAAUGCCAAAGAUCUCCAUAAUGAUGUCUAUAACACUAUGUUUGCUUUGCACUCACUGGGUGGGGACAAAAAUGUAUCUGACUAUCGAACUAAAGUUAGAGAAUUGUGGGAUGGCCACAUGCACAGACCAGCUUCUGCCGUUGUUAGAAAAAACAGCAAUGUGGAGAGUGGAAGCAGGAUAGCAGGAAAGCCCCGCCGCUGUGUCAGUCAAGAGGUUGAAUUUGGAACCAUGGCUGCUUUGACUGGGAACAAAGCGAGCAGUUCUGAUUUGUCAGAGUUGGACCAGCCAGUGACCAAUCAGGAAGUUCAGGAGUCUGCACACCCUGAUACACCUGCAACUCCACCUCACCCGGUUCAGGUGGAGCACAGAAUCAUCAAUGACACAGAAUAUGCUGAAGUGACAAAAGUUCAGAAGAGAGUUCCUCGGAAACCAGCACCCCCACCCCCUGAUAGGCCAAGUCUGCCUGAGCGACCCUACAGUAUUGCUGUGACAGCUCAGGCCAGACCUCCUGUCCCUCAGUCACAGACGUGGCCACGACAGAUGGAAGCUUCACCACUUGAGACAAUGCCAAACCAGGAGCAGGGUAGACCUAAAACUCAACCGGACAAACCUGCUCCUCCAGAAAAACCUGUUGGGAAUCCACAACGAUCAGCAACAAUGAGCGAGAGACAUUCUCACCCUGAUAGGCCAUCUGUCCCUCCACCUGAGAGACCAAAAGUUCCUCCUCCUGCCAUACCAAACCAUCAACGAUCAGCAUCGACUGGAACACCCAAUCAGUUUGGGCCUCCGCUCUCUUCUUUCCCCGACAAUGACCAAGGUAGACUAUCCACUAAUUCUUAUGAAUCCCUAGAUAAGCAAGGAUCUGGUAAUCUACUAACUCCUGAUGGGCGACUUCAAUCCUCGUCCAAUGAGCAUCUGUCUUCUAACCGCUUACAUCAAGGUAGUGCAAAGCCUCAACGCCCCCAGCCCCCUGUUAUACCACCCAAGGAACCUCCCAAUCCUUCUGUAGCCACUCAUGAUGAGGAAACUCAUUUGUAAACAUUGUGAUAUUUUUAACACUGAGCCAGUGAUCCCUCAUGGCUGGCUUAUGACAUUUAUAUUUAUCUGUUUAUCACUCAAAAAUACUAAAUCCUUACUGCUUGCCUGUUCAGCAUCACAUAUGUACAAUGCUAUGCACACUUCCCAGUAUUAGCAUUGCUGUACAUCAUUUACAUAAAUUAUGAUGUUCUGUAUUGUGAAAAUGUGCAGCUUUUAGGAGUACAUUUCAUGUAACUUCUUCAAAGAUAGCAGUAUUUUCACUUUUGACAAGAUAUUUUACUUAUAGCAGAAAGCAUAUUGUGUAUAAUUUUUUAAUGUUGUAUGUGUCCAAAAUAUUUCAGUUGUCUUUUUUCUUCUUUAAUGUAUAACAAUUAUUCCAUAGAUUAAAGUGCCUGAAGCACAUGAGUGAGAGAAAAUAUUAUCUAGUAAUCGAACCAUUCAAUGAACAGUUUAAAGGUCAAAUUAGCACAGCAAGUUAGUAGACAUGGUUAUUGCACUACCUUUGCAUUCUGGCAAGGGAGAGGGAGUGGCACUUUAUUGUAUUUAUUGGCAAGACUUGAACAUAGCAGCAUGUAGUAUGCAUGAAUCAAUUCUAACAUGCUUGCUUACUUGGUAAUAUUAAACUCAGUGAAGUUUAGAAAUUUUAGGUAUAGUGAUAAUAAUUUUAGGUUGUAUGAUACCUACAAUAUGGUAUCGUAUAGGAGUUUACAAUUUAGCUUUAGUUAAUUUUUUUCUUUCUAUGAAUUAUACAUGUAUAUUUAUUGUAUAUCCAAAUGCUAUAUUAUACUGUUUGCUCCUUUCUGCUGAUAUUUUGUAAGCAGUAUAUACAAUGCAUGGCUGCACAUAUUGAAAUUAUAAAAAUAUAUGAUCAAAUAUUUCCGUAUCUUUAGAAUGAUACUUGACUGGAUAUAGGCAGAUCAUUUAUGAUAUCAUUGUACAUGGUGACAAAAAUUUUCAUUACAGAACAUCAUAGUUGCCUACUAGUUUUGCAGGUCAUAAGUUAUUAUGCAAGAAUUCAAAAUAAUCAAAAAUAUUGAUAUAUAGAAUAUUGUAUGAUGAUUGUCUUCUUUUCUAGUAUUUUUUGGCAAGAUAUGGGUUUAAGGUAAAUAAUGGUAUAUAUUGGUUUGACUGAGACCACAUACAGCUCCUCUUGUGUAUUGAAACUAUAUCAUUAAAAAGAGUAUCAAAGAAAUUAAACGAAUGUAACAGCUACUAAAACAUGUGAUGCUACAAAGAAAAUGCCAAAGACUGGUUUGGAUCACAAUGAAUGUCUGCGAGUUACUUUGUUCAGAGAAGACGGUGUUAACCCUAUACAGAAAUUAUACUAUCUAUACCAUUGUUUUUUGUUAAAAGAUUUAUAUGUUUUCCUAAUGCAUGUGCUAAUGUAAACAUUUCAAUAAUCAUGAUUUUCACUUGACAAUUUAUAGUUUUUACCACCAUUCAAGAACACACUGCUAGUAAGUGUAUUUGAUGUACUGUAUUGCAUCUUUUCCUAAGCCAGUGGUUGAUUAAGAUAAAACCAAAUACUGGUUGAAACUGUAACACAGCAUGUGUCAAUUGAACAAAUUUCAUGUGUCUUUCUGAUAUAUUUCACAGUCAAUUUGGAAUGUUUUAAGUACAAAAUCAGUAUUGUCAUUUUAAAACAUUUUAUCCUGUAGGGAGUAAUUGCAUGUAUUUGGUCAUCUUUCUACAAGUGCAAAAAGCAUGUGAUUAUAGUUUUUUCCUUGAGUCUACAAAUUGUUUACACAGUCAAAUAUUUAUGGAAGACAAAUUUCACUGGUUGCAGUCAUUCACACCAACCAUUGCUUUAUCUAUUUGCAAUGCACACACACACACAUAUAAUUAUAUGUGUGUGUGUUGUUCAGAGUGUAGCUGGACUACAUUAAAUGACUCAUAGUUUAUGUUUCCAUGGAUGGUAUGUUCACCAAAGUAACUUUUAAGUAUGCAUAUUGCUACCACCACAACUUUUAACAGCAUUCUGCAUUUGCUUACUUCCAUGUUAUUAUUUUUGCUUUAUUUUAAAAGCAUUUAUUUCUUAAUUUAUAUGCAUGAAAGUGUUUGUGUCAGCGAGCAACUAAUUACUUCUAACACAUUAAAAUGUAAUUGGAGCAACAUCCAGACAACUUGGCUUGAAAAGAAAUGUGAAGCAAUUUUUUUUAUACAUGUAAUUGAAAAAAAUGUUGAAAUGUGACAUCUUAUCCUAGAGAUAUGAAGCGAGAAUAUCCAUCUAUGAAUGAUAAUUCUUGUGGCUAAGUUCUCUAGAAAUAACUUGUCAUGCAACAUAACUGUUUUACUCUUAUUAACAUGUAUUAAAAAUUUGCUUGAAAAGAAGAAAAUCUUCUUGUUUUUAAGGACAGAAUUGCCAAGUUUUCAAAUGCACUUAUUUCAUGUUUUGCAAACUGUUUAAUUUAAAUAAUUUAUUUUUGUAAGACAUUUUUUGAAGUUAAUUGCAUGCUGUGUUUGAUUUUGAGAUUAUUGUUGUGUUUAUUGAAUAAUUUGCCUUAUUUGCAGGUACGUGUUUAAACAAAACUGGUACCCUCUAAACCUGACUGACCUGCCUUCAUUAACUGCAUCUCGCUUUCAUGCAUUCCAUGCAUUUCUUGUUCUUUUUGUGGGCUUUCAUUUUUAAUGUUGUAAUAUUUGUUCAAAUUAUACAACAAACACACUGUAUUUGGUAAUUGUGUUUCAGAUUGACUUUUUGCAUACAGCAGUUGUCAGAAAUUUGUUUUUUCUUUUUUUCUUUUUUUUUUUCUUCUUUUUUUUGUGUGUGAAAUAAUUGAUCACUUGGAAAAUGAAUAUGGACUGAAUUCACAAAUCCUAAGAAAUAUCUAUUUCUUUUGGCAUAAUAUUGAAAAAAAUUGUAAUAAACUAACAAGUUAGAAUAUAAUAUAUAUAAAAUUUCUGGAGGGUUUUGAAAACCAUGUUGUGAAGUGUACUAACUUCCACGUCUCAUUAGCCUAAACUAAUCCCUGUUCUAAGUGCUGGUACGUAUAUUUAAUAUCUAAUUCUAGUAAGGUGGUCCUGAGAUAUGUCUGCCAAUCAGGGUACAUUGUAUUCAUUGUUACAGUUUUUCUAAAAUGUACAAGUUUAGUGCAAAGAAAAGUGCUUCAAUAUUUUUAUAGAGUUCUAUGGAUUUUCAUGUAUGGAAUAUGAUUGAAAUGGAGAACGUUUUGAUCCAAAGACUGGUAGAAAACUCUUUCAAAAGAAGAUGGGCAAAGAAGACAGACCAAAUAUAUUCAUACACACUUGUGGAGUAGACUGCAUGGGUAUUUAAAUUCCACAUCAAUGUACCUGCAUGUUUUGUAAAGCUCUGUUAAAAAAAGAUGCCAGGCUUCAUGCAGAAAAUGUACAAAAUCAACACAAUAUUUAAAGUUUAAUUGAGUUUGUUUAUGAUAGAUACUUUAACUGAUCGGAUAAUUCAUCAGAUUUGGUCUCGAAUACACCUGUAUCAAGAAUGUUUGAAAUGAAUUGUUUUGCGGCACUGAAUGUAUAAGUGUACUGAUAGUGAGAGUACCUGAGAUAUCAUAUCUCGCUGCACAUGUGGGUUCAACACCCUACAGGCAAGCGCCAGAUUUACAAUGACAGUACCAAACUACUGACAGUGUACUUCAUCCCCAGAUCGUAAAGGGGACUGUUAUGACGUCUUGAUACAAUUUUAAACUAUAAAAAAUUAACUAAAUAUAAUUAUCUCAGAAAUAUUUUAGAAAAUAAGUCCUGCAAAAAGUUGCACUGUAAUUAUCCAUAUAAAACUUAUUGAAAAAGUAGACGAUUAUUUUAAAAAGAAAUAUUCCCAAUACAUUAUAUCUAAUAUAUUAAAUAUUAAGAAAAUUCAAACCAUCAGUGCUUACACACUUGAGAUUUACUACAAACGCUUUAAUCAACUACGUUAUGAGGACUUUUAGAAACUGCGCCAGAAUAGAUAUACAGUUUGUUAUGUGUUAUAUGGACUUGAAAUUUUUUCAUAACAAGAAGCAUAAUUUAUGUGGGGAAAGUCUAUUUUUUAAAUUUAGGUUUGACUUAAUUUUUUGGAUUGCAAAGAGUAGAAGAUUUCUAUUUACCUCCAUCAGUUAAGAAAAUGGAAAAUUGUAUUCAUUUUAAUGCUUUUAUUAGUACAUGCAUAUUUUUAAAGGACAUUAAAUGCAACAUCAAUAUAUAUAAAAAGUUAUCAAUUGAUAAACUACAUUGAAAUACAAAAUGGGCAAUUUUUGCCAAUUUGAGACAAUUUUAUAUGCAAUCUUGUCCUUCUGCGGGCAUUGAACACAACUUCUUUGCCCAUCUUCAAAAUGUUUCCAGAAUAUUAUACAAGAACAAAAGGAAAUACUGAUUGAAAGAAAGGUACAGAAUAAACAGAUUUUCAGAUACCGUAGAUAAGAUAUGAAGUAAUAUUGAAAUAUGAUAUUUGUAUAAUGUGAGUUGAAUGAUUAUUUCCCCUUUGUCUCGCAAAAUAGUUGUAUGCAAUAUCUCAUAAAGUUAUUGUUUAUAGGCAUACAUAAUAUAUUCUUUGUACUGAAAAUAUUUUUUGUACUAUGUAUGUGUAAUCAGAGACAGGUUUGUGUUAGAAUGUUGCAACAUGGUUCUGUUUGUGAUAUUUUCUUUGUACAUGUAUUACAGUGUAAUUCAUCACUGCUGAUUAUUGAUUAGACCGAGAAAGUAUGUAAUUUUUUUUUUACUCUGGUCAUUUUCACAAACUUACAGAUGUGCAUUUUAAUAAAUCUUUAAAUACAUA